CCACGAUCCCAUCGGAUCAGGCAAUCAGCAUCAUCACCGCCUCACACGUCCCCAUCGCCCUUUGACAACUCAACUAGACGACGACACGUCAAGAGAACAUCUCGUUUGCCUUCUUCUUCUUAACGACACCCCCCCUCCCCCCCUCCCGCAGCUCGUGGCUUCUUCCCCCAGACGCCGCCGCGCGGACCACCAACAAACGACAUCUCACUUUCAACCACACCACAUUAACCACAACCACCACAACUCUUUCUCAGCACCUCUCUCAUCGACACUCCCGGCGCCAUGGCCUACGUCGGUGUAGUCAAGGCGCUCUACGACUAUGAUGCCCAGGACCCAGAGGACGAGCUCUCGUUCAAGGAGGACCAGGUGCUCUAUCUGAUCGAGAAGGAGGACAGCGACUGGUGGAAGGCCAAGGUCAAGGAUGAAGAAGGCGGCGCCGAGGGCCCCAUCGGCCUCAUCCCUGCCACCUUUGUCGAGGAGCUGCCUCCGCUCAACGAAACACGGGCGCUCUAUGCCUACGAGUCGACAUCGCCAGAGGAGCUGACGAUUGAUGAAGACCAACCUCUAGAGGUCUUCGCCGUCGAAGACCAGUGGCUGCUUGUGCGAAUCAGCGGCACUGAAGACAAGCUGGGCUUUGUGCCCCGCACUUAUUGCGAAGAGCUUGACCACGCGGACGAGGUUGGAGUGGCCGUUGGUGCCGAGUCGGCAGCUAAUAUUGAGGCGCAGCGUGCAGAGGAGGAAGAAGCGGAGCGCAAGCGCGCAGUGGCUGCUCGCCAGCGUGAGCUGCAGAAGCAGGACAAGGUGGAGACUUGGUCUCUGUCAGAGCUGGACGGCAAGAAGAAGAAGAAGGGCUCGCUGGGUGUUGGCAACGGCUCCAUCUUCUUUGCAUCCGAGCUGGACAAGUCUCCUGUCAAGAUCCACCCGAUCACCGACCUCGUCAAGGUCGAGCAGCCUUCGUCCAAGGUUCUCGUUCUUACCCUCUCGAGCACGGCCACACCCCUCCAGUUCCACACUGGCAGUUCGAGCGUAUCGGCGGCCAUCGUCAGUAAGCUCGAGCAGAGCAAGACAGCUGCCGGUGAGGUGCUCCAGAUCCUCCAGGACGAGGCCGCCCAGGGCGGCUACUCUUCCGAGGAGGAGACGACGCCUCCGGUUCACGAGCCCAAGACGGUCCGCUGGGCAGAACCGACGCCCGAGAGCCCCGUUGUGGACACUCAUGCCACUGUCGAAGCCUGCGUCGUGCUCUACGACUUUGAGGCCGGAGAUGAGGACGAGCUCUCGGUCAACGAGGGCGAAAGCCUCACCAUCUUGGAGAAGGAGAACGCCGAGUGGUGGCGUGUCCGCAAUGCGCACGGCCAGGAAGGUGUCGUGCCUGCGCAGUAUGUCGAGGUCUCCGAGGGCGGCGCCAACGGAGCCGCCCACGAUGACGGUGCUGCCGAGAGGCGGCGUCACGAGGAGGAGGCUGCCGCUGCUGCAACCGCAGCCGCCGCUGCCGAGGCCACCCGCCGGGAGGAGGCGGCCCGCAAGGCCGAAGAACGACGUGCCAUCGAGCAGGCGGCUAGGGAGCGUGCCGCUCAGGAGGAGGCCGACCGCGAGCUCGCCGAGCAGGUUGAGGCCGAGGAGCGUGCCAAGCAGGAGCGCCGCCGCCAGAAGGAUGAGGCCGACUCGCGCCAGCAGCGCGAGUAUGAGGCUGCCAAGAGGCGUGAGGCAGCCCGUGGUCAGGAGCCUCCCAAGGUCAGCAAGCGGCCUACAGCCCAGGAUGUGGAGAGUGCAGCGCGCAACCUCCCCAGUGCGCGCGGCAAGUCGGCACCUGAGCGUCCCCAGGAGAACAACCGACCUAAGCCCAACCCUAACAGAACCCGCGUGUGGAGCGAUCGCUCUGGCCAGUUCAAGGUAGAGGCCGAGUUCUUGGGCAUGAGCGGCAACAAGCUGCGCCUGCACAAGACGAACGGUGUCAUCAUCGAAGUUCCGCUCGACAAGAUGUCGCUUGACGAUGCCAACAUGGUCAAGCGUCACCUUCAGCGCAAGGCCGAGAAGGAGAGACAACGCACAAUGGAUGACGAUGACCAGCCGCUCGGCAAGCAGCCUCGCAGGCCGUCUCAGCAGGUCAACGCGGACCGACAAGGCCGCUCAUCGCCUGCUCUGCGUGACGUGCCUCGCAAGCCCCGCUUCGACUGGUUCGCCUUCUUCCUCGAGGCCGGCUGCGACAUGGACGACUGCACUCGGUAUGCUGCCAACUUUGAGCGCGACCGCAUGGACGAGAGCAUUCUCCCGGACCUGGAGCCUAGCACCAUGCGGUCGCUUGGCCUCCGUGAGGGCGAUGUAAUCCGCGUCAACCGCGUCAUCAAGGCCAAGUUCGCCAAGAAGACACCCGAGCAAGAGUCGCAGAUCAACCAGGACGAAGACUAUGCCCGCCGUCUUCAGGAGCACGAGAACGGCGGCGCCAAGGGCCCGGCACCAGCCGCGCCUCCAAGCCUCUUUACUGGGCCUGAUGGCAAGCUUGCCAACCACCGCCGCGGCAGGCCAGAGCGGAAGAACACUGUCACUUCGCCCGUCGACCUUUCCACUGCUUCGGACCAGCUGGCCAAGGUUUCGCUCACUCCCAUUGAGCCCACCCGGGCUGCCACGCCGCCUGCCCCUCCUCCCGUCACCAUCUCGCCUCCCCCCGAGCCCAAGCGUGCGGCGACGUCUGACGGCAAUCUGAUCAACCAGGGCUUUGACGACGACGCCUGGACCAUCAAGCCUGCGGCCAAGCCCUCGUCGCCUGGACGCGGCCGCUCGCCCGCGCCCACCACGGCCACAUCGCCGACCUCUGCCAACGGUGGCACGGACGCCCUUCUCGCGCAGAUCAACGCUCUGCGGCCGGCCGCGACUGGGGCUCCUCCCCAGGCCCAGCGCUCGAACACCGCUCCUCUGGUCUCGAGCUACGGCCUCGGAGCGACCAACACCUCGACGCCCAUGUCGCAGAUUCAGCAGCAACAGCAGCAGCAGCAGCAGCAGGCGCCGCCACAAAUCCAGGCGCCGCCCCAGCCCGACCCGAACGCUCCACGCGGCCCGCUCGCGCCUGUGCCGGCCAACCAGGGGCUCUUGAACCCCCUGCAGCCUGCAAUGACUGGCAUGUUUGUGCCUACUCACCCUACUGGGCAGCAGCCUCAGUUUGGUAUCGCGCCCCAGGCCACUGGCUACCUUCCUUCCCCGCAGGUCCUCUCACCUGGCGGAUAUUCGCCUAACUAUGGUAUCCAGCAGCAGACCUUGCAGCCAGCAUACACUGGCUUCCCUGGCUACCAGCAGCCUCAGCAGUCGACGUUCAACGCCGUUGCCAACAUGGCGCCGCCUGCGCCUGUCGUGCCCCAGGCGACUGGUGCUCCCAGCGGCGACAAGUUUGCGCCUUCCAACAUUUUCAGCGCUAUGAAGCGCACCGACUUUACAAAGACGGAGGAGCAGAACCCACAGCCUGCUCAGAAGUAUGACGCACUGCGUCCUCUGACAACGGGCUACAAUGGCGGCCCUCAGGGCCUAUACCCGCAGGCGACUGGCAUGCCAAUGCAGAUGCAGGCGACGGGUAUGCCAGGAAUGAUGCCCCAGAUGACGGGCUACAACCCGCAGAUGGGCUACAUGCCUCCCAACCCGUACGGCCAGUACAGGUGAGCGGGGGGGGGGGGUAAGAGAGGUGGCAGGUUUUCACCUUUAUGGAGGCGAGUUUCGCCAUUGCUGGAUUCCAUUUUGUUUUGACGUUGUGAGGUGAUUUCAAUGCAUGGUGAAUGAG